AUGACUUCAACAAAUCCAAUACUUAUCCCUUCAGAUGAGAGUAAUUUUGAUGCCAACGGUGACACCACCGUAUUAAUAAACGUCAAAACAGAAGCCAAUCAAUCCUUUACCUUUAGAGUCUGUGACCGUAUUGAAGAUCGGGUGUUUGAAAUCAGAACCAGCGAUGGUGAGGUUUUCACCUAUUUUGAAGGACUUAUAAUUGACCAAAAAAUGUGGUUAAUAUUACCACUGAAUUUGAAAGAGGUAAUUGUUCUCUAA